UCCCGGGAACACCCGCUUGAAGGCCCAUGUGACACCCCCUGGCCCCGCGCUCCGGCCCAGCAGCGCCCCGGGCCUGCCAAUGGGAUCGCGGGGGCUGACCGGGACAGUGAGACACGGAGCGGCCUCCUAUAAAGGCGAGUCCCGGCUCCGGCGCGCACAGAGCGUCCCAGCCACGGGAUCCUCCCCGGAGAGCCCAGGCUGCCGCCCGCCGAGCCGAGCCGAGCCCUGCCCAGGCCAACGGCCCCGCAGCUUCCCACACGCCCGGCGAGCAGCUUUCCCGAGAAUGUCCUGGAGCGAUAUCCUGUACCCAGACAACCGGGUGAGGCGGGAGAGGGUGGCGCGGUUACACCAGGAGCUGAUCAACUGCAUAGAGCUCAAUUUUGAUACCACCAAUGAGCUGAUUGAAGCCUUAAACACACACUGUCAGUUCAAGCUGCACCCCGUUAAGAUGAACAUGAACGGCACCAUCCGGGAGAACUGCGACAUGCUCCUCGCAGCCAUAAAGUCCAUCCAAGACAUUCUGCAGGCCAUCGACAAAAGACUGAAGAGCAACCUGGAGCCAGAUCUCUACCGAAAGCUUCACGAUUUCCAGGAGCCUGAUGCCACGAAGAUGCGGAUUCUGCGCAAUGUGGCCACAGUGGUGAGCAGCCUUGCUGGGACUGUGGCCAUGGGGUUCUUCAUCAAGCUGGCGUUAUCGCAGGUGGUGGUCAUAGUCCUGAGCCAAACUGCCAUGGCCUUGUCCAUUAUCGGUGCCUCCUUGAUUGGUGCUGUGGCUGGCAUGAUAGUGGGCGUGGGAAUUGACUUGAUUCUCAGCGCGAUCCUGGGCGCCAUAGAGAGAGACCAACUGGAGGCGAAGAUUCAGGAGCUCAGUGAGCUGGUGAGUGAGUUCAAGCCAGCCUCCAAGGAGUAUAACAAAGCCAUCAUGAAGAUCCUCUGCAAGCUGCCAUAGCCGGAGGAGAAUCACCUGCUCAGAGGACUCCAGACCAAGCUGCAAGUUACCAUUACUUGUGAAAAUAAGGCAGUGGGGAUCAGAUCCCAUCUACCAUGACUUAGCCCAGCAACAUUAAAGCCAGCACAAUAAAUGAUAUCUAGCUCUUACACAGUGCGUUUCAUCAGCAGAGCUCAAAGUGCUUCAGGCUUCAUUAAUGUCUUUAUCCUCCCACCACCCCUGGGGAUAGGGCAGGGCUAUUACCCCCAUUCUACAGAUGGGGAAACUGAGGCCCAGAAAUUCACAGGUAUUUAAGCACUUCACUUCCACUGAUUUCAGAGCAAUUGGCUCAGGCUCUCUGCAGACUCAGGCAGUGUCACAGAUGUCAAGGGAAGCUGGGUGCCUAAAGUGACUUGCCCCAGCCCACACAGGAAGUCUGGCGAGAAUUGCCUGAGUUUCCCAAGUCACAGACUAGUGCCCAACAACCCCUGGGCCAUCCUUCCCCUCUAGCUGGUGUUUUUCAUCUGUAGAUCUCAAAGCACCUCAGAAAGGUCAGUAUCUAUAAGCCGACUAUACAUGGGGGGAAACAGUCACAUAAAGGGACUCAGCCAGCAGGCCAGGAAUAGUGCCGGGAAUAAGAACAUCAGAAUAAUUCAUUUAGACUUUUCCCCACCAAAACCGACACGUCCCCCCUGAAACAUUUUAAUUUUGACCAAACGGCCUUUUCCAAUGGAAAACUGUUCUAGCGAAAGCUUUCUGGCCAGCUCUGUGCCCGGCCUAGGCCGGAGAACCUACCUCAGGGUUUCGGCUCCAGCCCAGAUCUGGGGGUUGAGCUAGAGCAGAGCUCAGAGGUCCAGUAACUUCCCCAACCAUUGCUAGGGUCUGUCUGGUGUUUAAAUUCAGGGCCUAUUACCUGAAUCCGAGACUAGAUAGGAGGGGGGAUUCUGGGAUGAUAGUGAGCUGAGACACUCAGGACU